AUGUCCGCUGAGCGCACGGACCAUCGGGGACAUUUGAAGCUCCGACUGAAGAUGCCGCCACCUCCCAUCCCCAGCCAAGUUGACACUACGCCCAUCUCAAGUUCAACUCCCACAGUCCGACGCCCGCUGCUCCUGAAGUUCCCCACAUCGCUCAAGUCUGUACCGGGGCAUCCACCUGGGGCAUUCGAGCAAUCCGGACGAUAUAACUCCCAGGACAACAAUUAUAUUGACGGCUACGAAGCCGCCUGCAAGACGAGCAAUCCUUCUUCCAGACUUACUGUUACCACAUCAGCCUCCAAAAGACGACUCACUCAUCUAUCCGGGAUGGCGGAGCCCCGAGCCCGUGCCGCUCGGCACAAGGGCCAGAUGAACUUCUCAUCUGAGUUACGGCUACUCCUCCUCGCUUACGGCGACCCAAGCCCCCACCCCUCAUUCUCAUCCGAACCCCUUCCCGAAACCGUGCGCGUCCUCGAUGAGAUUGUCACGGACUUCAUUCUCGAACUCUGCCACGGUGCCGCGCAGGUCGCGCACCAUGCCCGCCGACAAAAGAUCAAGGUUGAUGAUUUCCGAUUCGCGCUACGCCGGGACCCGAACAAGCUGGGCCGUGUGCAAGAGCUAUUGCGCAUGGAGCGUGAACUCAAAGAGGCGCGGAAGGCAUUUGAUCAGAAUGAUGACCAGGUUGCCAAGGACGCGGGGAAAAAGGGAACUGCUCCUGGCAAUAAUGCAGAUGCUGAAACUGAAGCAUUGCCUGCUCCGACAGGCAAGAAGGCGAAAGGUAAAGGGAAGAGAGCUGCAACUCGACGAGGGUCAGAUGCUACUGAGGAGUCAGUCUCUAAGAAGAGGAAAACUCUCGGAUGA